CUCAACAUGAUACUCUUCAGCCACAGAAGUACAGAUGUUCGAGACCAUGAUGAAGAGGUCCACGUCGCAUCUUCCGUUUGAGAUCUGCAGUCCUCCAAUCGCGACCUCAAGGUCAACAACUGCAAACACUUCGGUUGAUCCCGCUGCUUAUACUCCCUGUUCAUCUCUCUUCACUCGCCGUCUGAAGCCGCUGUCCGGAUGUCUCCCUCACCGAGAGGAACUAUCUCCCUUCAAUCUGGUUGUUUGCGAUCGUUCUUUAUGCUGGACAUUCCAAAAUGGUCUUCUAGGGACUUAACCCUCGUCGAAACCCCUUCUUUCAUCUCAAGUUUCUGUUUCCUCAUUCCCCCCAAGUCAUUCAUUUGUUGCAGGCCAUCAUCUAAUACCCUUUGCCCCAAAUUCCAUUCCUUUUUAGCUUGUGUCCUUACUAGACAUUACAUCUCGUUCAAUCACAAUGCCGGCAUUCCGCUCAUUAUACGUUCUUACAGUUUUGGCAGCUUGCCUGGCGCAAGCACUGGCUGGCGGCGACUACUCAGGCGGUAGUAGCGGCUCAUCAUGGGGCGGCAGCUCUGUUGGCAGCUCUGACGGCAGCUCCAAGGAUAAAAGUGGUGGCAGUGGGAUGGGCAAUUCCGGUAGCAGCGGCGGAAGCUAUGGUGGCGGCGGCUCCAACAAUCAAUGGACUUCCAGCACCACCACAACGACAACCACCACCGCAGCCGUUGUCCAAGCCGAAACCUGCCCACCCGCUGGAACGAGUACCAUGACCGAGACUACCACCGUCACGGCAGUGUCGGCUUGCGCAUCGUCUGUGGUUACCGCCGUUGUCACAUCAUGGAUGAACGCGCCCGCGGGCUGCUGGUGCGGCUCCGCCACCUAUGCAGCUGCAGUGGCUGAGGUGACGGGAGGGAUUGGGAUGCCCCUGGGCAACGCUCCCAUCUUGACUACCACUCUCGGCGCCCUUGUUCCUGGCCUGUCCUCCAUCCCAGUGGCAGAUGCUGUUGUGACAGGAGUGACGGUUGCCGCUGCUGCAGCAGUACCAGCCACAACCACAGCCGCUGCUGUUUCUGCCGGCAGCUUCUUUGGAGUCUCAAGUUCUGCUGGCUACUAGCACCGUUUCUACAACGACGACGACGACGACGUCGUUGUCAUCGUCUGCAUCAUCUACAUCAACGACGACAGCUGCGGCAUCUUCGUCCGCAGCAUCGUCUUCUUCUUCUGCUGCCGACAAGCUGGCGGAUUCUACGGCUGCCGCUUUUUCUGUUGGCUCAUUUAGUACAGUUGACCCUGCAACAUUG